CUCCGACUCCCCUACUGACCUCUGACCCCUACAUCGACCUCUGACCCCUACUGCCCAGUUACUGACCUCUGACCCCUACAUCAGUUACUGACCUCUGACCCCUACAUCAGUUACUGACCUCUGACCCCUCUGUCACAGUUACUGACCUCUGACCCCUACAUCAGUUACUGAUCUCUGAUCCCCCGACUUUUAACAGAACUGUAUUCCUGUGUCAUCAUUGUAUUUAUUUAAUAAUGAACAUUGAUGCAUUGCUAAAGUUGUCUUUAUACUCAGAAUAAGUGUGCGUAUGGAGACCUCAGCUGUACCAAACACACGACUAGGUAGCGUUUUGUUCGGGGUUGUAAGUCGAUCUUGAACAACAAACCCCGUGUUGUGCGUCUGGUGUCGAUGAUGAGACGGACGAGGGUUAGAGAGGAGCAGCGCCUCGACCAGAUGGACUCUAGCCGUGGGCCGUCCUAAGAGCAUUAAGCCUCCUGGAGCCAGCGUGGUGAGACUCAGUCAGACUCACUCAGAGGAGUGACGGAGAAGAGGCAGGGCUGAGGCUGGAGGAGCCGCAGGAGGAACCAGACUUUAGUUUAACGCUCAUGAGCGGGGAGGAGACACGACGGCUGAAAUGAUCUCCAGAGAAGACUCAUGGACGGCCAAGUCCUCCGACACUCUGGAGUCCUUCCUGAAGAUGGAGGACUCCAAGCUGCCCGUGUCCUUGAGGAGUAACCUGCUGGACCUGUUCGGGCAGAUCGAGAGGGAGUUCGAGAACCUCCACAUCGAGAACCUGGAACUGCGGCGGGAGAUCGAGACUCUGAACGACCGCCUGGCCGCCGAAGGCCAGACCCUGGAGGGCGGAGAUCUGGCCAAAGGAGCCCUCAAAACCAAGGCGAGCCACAGCACCAGCCAGCUGUCCCAGAAGCUCCGGACCACCUACAAGGCCUCCACCAGCAAGAUCGUGUCCAGCUUCAAGACCACCACCUCCCGGGCGGUCUGCCAGCUGCUGAAGGAGUACGCCGGCCACCGCGAUGGCAUCUGGGACCUUAGCGUCAGCCGCACCGGGCCCCUGGUGCUGGGGACGGCCUCCGCAGACCACAGUGCCAUGCUGUGGAGCAUCGAGACGGGGAAAUGUCUCCUGAAGUACGUGGGCCACCAGGGAUCAGUGAACUCCAUCAAGUUCCACCCCACAGAGCAGAUGGCUCUCACAGCCUCUGGCGACCAGACGGCCCACAUCUGGAGGUACAUGGUGCAGCUGCCCACGCCGACGCCCGCCGCCGACCUCACCCAGCAGCAGCAGCCGCCGCCCUACGAGGAGGACGGGGAGCUGUCGGACAGGGAGGAGCCUGACGGCGAGGGGGAGGGGCCAAGCGAGUGCCCGUGCGUGCGCGUGGCCGCCACCACGCUGCGCUCCCACCAGGGGGUGGUGAUCGCCGCCGACUGGCUGGUGGGCGGGAGGCAGGUGGUGACGGCGUCCUGGGACCGCGCCGCCAACCUCUACGACGUGGAGACCUCCGAGCUCGUCCACUCGCUGACCGGUCAUGACCAGGAGCUGACCCACUGCUGCACCCACCCGUCCCAGCGGCUGGUGGUGACGUCGUCCAGAGACACCACCUUCAGACUGUGGGACUUCAGAGACCCCGCAAUCCACUCCGUCAACGUCUUCCAGGGACACACUGACACGGUGACCUCGGCGGUGUUCACGGCGGGCGACAACGUGGUCUCCGGGAGCGACGACCGCACUGUCAAGGUGUGGGACCUGAAGAACAUGAGGUCGCCCAUAGCAACCAUCCGCACCGACUCGGCCGUCAACAGGAUCUCUGUGUCGGUGAACCAGAGGGUGAUCGCUCUCCCCCACGACAACCGCCAGGUCCGGCUCUUCGACAUGUCCGGCGUGCGACUGGCCAGACUCCCCCGUAGCAAUCGACAGGGUCACCGCCGCAUGGUGUGCUGCACCACCUGGGGUGAGGACUCCGCCUCCUGCAACCUCUUCAGCUGCGGCUUCGACCGGCAGGCCAUCGGCUGGAACAUCAACAUCCCCGCGCUGUUGCAGGAGAAAUAACACACGCGUCCCCACAAACCUACAUAUACACGCGUCCCACACAAACCUACACACACGUCCCCACAAACCUACACAUGCAUGUCCCCGCAAACCUAAACACACACGUCCCCACAAACUUACACACACACUUCCCCACAGCCCUACACACACCACAGCCGGGGUCUGAUCGACCAGACAUCUCAUAACCUUUAAGGCGAGAGCCAGGGACUCACCUCUCUCUGUCUCUCUCACCUCCUGCUCUCAUCUCCUGUCCUCUCUCCUCUCACUCACGUCCAUUCUGAACACCUCUGUCUGCUCCUGGUUGUGCAGAAUCUGGCAGUGUGAGUGUGUGUGUUAAACGUGUUUGUGUGCUAGCAGGGACGUCACUAGGUGUGUGUAACACGUGAAGUCGCCUGUUGUUUCUGAUCCUUUAAACAUUGUGUGUACAGCGAUGUGAAGGUGGUGUGUUGCUCCUGUUCUAAGCCAAUGUCCCACAAUGCUUCACAUCAGCAGCGGUGGCUGUCGAUCAACGGAUCACGAGGGCAGCGUGGGCCACUGGCUCUUGUUUUAACCCCAAAGUAAAAAAAAAAAAAAAAGUUAGCACAAAAUGCUAAUGCUAACUUAACCUGUGCCAAUGACAGUGGAGCGACGUUUAAAGAGGGUUGCCCUCCACAUCCUGUUAGCGGUCAUAACGUGAUGAUAGUGUGUUGUGUUGAUAACUUUAACGACGCCAGCAGUGAUCUCUGUUAUAGGCAAGUGCCAUGUUGUUAUAUGCUAAUAUAUACCUGGGUGGACGUUAACUCUGACAAUGUUUACAAAGACGGCCCAAACUCCUGGGUGGAACGUGUGUGUGUGUGUGUGUGUGUGUGUGUGUGUGUGUGUGUGUGUGUGUGUGUGUGUGUGUGUGUGUGUGUGUGUGUGUGUGUGUGUGUGUGUGUGUGUGUGUGUGUGUGUCAGAGCGAUAUGCCUUUUCUUUUUAGAGCUUGUUUUAAAAAGCACAACAGACCGACCAGCGCCUCCGUGGUCUGAGAGGGUGUACUGCGAUGUUCGGACCAGAGCUCCACCUUCAGAGUCAGAGAACCUGUGGGCCUUUUCACCCAGCGGCCAUCUUGGUUCUACACGCUAGCCGGGUGGAUUUAGAUCAAAGAUGGGCGAUGGGUGAAUAUGACCCAUGGAGGGUCGUUCUGUUGACCACUCCGUUGUCGUGGUUUUGUCUGGUCCCACAGACCUGAGGACGCAGUCAAACUUCGCAGUGUUUUCGACAAGAAAAAAAACAAAAUGUUGAAAUCCUGUGAACAUUACAAAACGGAUCCUUCUGUGCCCUUUAGUCGUUAGUCUCGUGCCGUUACGGGGACUCCACUAAGGCUCAGGGGUCAGAGGUCACCUGAGAACAUGAGGUGAAGGUGCAGUUUUAUUCAUGCAAUAGUUGUGUGAGCUGUUAGCUAGUCCACUGCCAGUCAUACCCCAGGAAGCACGUUGGAAGACGUGUGAUAGAACUCUGUGAUGUGUUGUGCGUUUGCUGUGAAAUAAGGGGGGGCGGGGCCAAACGCCAAGCUGACGUCCGUCUGUCUGCCUGUAGGUCUGUGGGCUUGACCAACCAACGUCUCAAUUGAUGUCACACAACGGCCUACACACUAUGCUAGGCCACUCACAUUGUUGCCCAGGCAACUGUUGUACAACGAUAGGCUGUCUCACCUUGCUGUACUGUGUGUAUGUUACCCCCCCCCCCCCCCCCAUAUCAGUGAGUCUUCUGAAUCUAGCGUUUAGAUUUGUGACCCAUUUUGCUAAUUUGUGACGAAGUAAUCCUGUAAGAGAUUUUUUGCCUAGUAUUUUGUACAAAAAUAUGUCCAUUUUCUUUUGGCGUGGAUGACCAGUAUUUAUAUGAUUAUAUAUGUAUAGAAAAAUAUUAUUUUGCCAUGUGUACAUGCGUGCGUCAUGUCUUUCUGUUUGAUAGCGGUAGAGCUAACAGCUAACAAUAGCCACUCACACACCAAGAACGUUUCACUCCCUUUUAGCCCUGUGUCUCUUUAAAACAAAAAAGAUUAACAAUUGUAUGGUGAAAUAGGUAUGUUUGAGAUAAGUGAUGUUUCUCCCUCGUUGCAUUAAUUGGCUGACAUAGUAGUGGAUGGACUGGAGUCUAACCUCGGUUUGCCCAGUGGAAAUAUCCCUCCGUCAUGGCCGUGUAAUAGAUGCUGUUCUUCAUGCAAGUCAAUAAGUCUUCUCCCUAUCCCUUUCUUUCUGGUAUUCGUAAAUUACUUCACCUCCCAAGCACUUAAGCCAUCCCUGGUCCGGGCAGAAUGAUUUCUCUGCUUCAUUCUUGGCAACGGGUAGAAGGAAAAGUCUGCUCCUUUAAUUGCAUCUUUUAUGUGUUUUAAGAACUUGUAUCAUUGUUCAGAUUGUUACUUUUUCCUGCAUGGUUUUUUAAUCAAUUCACUGGAUCAGCACCCCUUCUGCGGAUACAUGGUUAUGGCAGCUGCUGUUUCUGAUUGGCUACUAGUGGUGCCAGGUGAUGUCAUUCGAGAUACAUUCCAUGGCCAAAUGCGGCGCCGGGUCCUGAAUCGAAUGUGUCAGAAGCAGCGAUUCAUCGUUUCUUUGAUUUAGUUUAAAGUUCAGUCACUCUUUAGUUAAAGUGUUCAACCGCCCACAAAAUCAAAUCUUACGUCAGUGGCAAAAAUACAUCUCAUUCAGCCUCACAGAGUCUGUCAUCCUUGUAAAACUGGUGUGAAACUAACUUCUACGAUGUUGAAUGUGAUAGGAUUGUUCUUAACUUAACAAGGAACUACACGGCGUAAUGAAAUCGUUGAUGUGUUGUACUGAAAAACACGUGUCUGCUGCGCAAAUAAACAUGUUUUGCUGUUU